UAUUAAAUUUCGUAUUAUACUCUCUCUCUCUCUUCCUUUGUCAUCGCUGUCUCUGACUUCCCUGUCUUCCUCCUCCUUCCUUUUUGCUUUUCCGUCGUUUUUCUCCGCCGGGUUCUCCUCUCUCAGCACCACUGUCAUCUCCCGUAAAAUCAUCCCCUGUUUCACCGAAAAAGGUGAUUGCUUUCUCACAAGCUUACUGAAGCAGCAGCACUUGCCAAAUUCUGAAGAUCGUGUCUUUACCAUCUAGGAGAAGUCUCGUUAGAUCUGAGAAGUGAAUUAAGCUGAAAAAGAGCAGUGCCCAUCUCGAAAGUUUUAAGCUUUACGUUUGCGUUUGCUUGCAACUGGCUGAUUACGGUUACGGGUGGUUUAAUUGAUGGUUUCCACGGCGGCUAGAGGCUCCGGGGCUUUUGUUUAUUAUAGUUAUAGAUGAUGAACGGUGAGGAUCGAAGAGGGUGGUGUCGUUCUGGUGAUUGUUUCACAUUGAAUGGCAGAUCUUGUGUCCUACAGUAAUGCUGCUGACCACAACCUUGAACAAGCAUUGAAUACAUUGAAGAAGGGCACUCAGCUUCUAAAAUAUGGACGCAAAGGAAAGCCAAAGUUUUAUCCUUUCAGACUGUCUAGUGAUGAAAAAUCUCUGAUCUGGAUAUCAAGUAGUGGUGAAAAGCGACUGAAAUUAGCAUCUGUUUCUAAAAUUGUACCUGGGCAAAGAACUGCUGUUUUCCAGCGUUAUCUUCGCCCAGAGAAAGAUUACUUAUCCUUCUCUCUCUUAUACAACGGAAAAAAGAAGUCUCUUGACUUGAUUUGUAAGGACAAGGUCGAGGCUGAAGUUUGGAUUGGAGGUCUUAAAACAUUAAUAUCAGGUGGGCAAGGUGGUCGCUCAAAGAUUGAUGGCUGGAGUGGCGGUAACAUUUCAGUUGAUGCCAGCAGAGACGUGACAUCUAGCAGUCAAAGCAGCAGUUCCGCGAGCGCUUCACAAGGUCACAGCUCUCCUGGGACUCCUUUUAACUUCGAUCCAAUUCCUUCUCCCAAGAGCACUGAGCCUGAGCAAUCACAUGUUGCUUUAGAUACCAAAAACAUGCAAACAAAGGUAUCUGGUUCAGAUGGUUUCCGAGUUAGUGUCUCUAGCGCACAAAGCAGUUCUAGUCACGGUUCUGGAGCAGAUGACUCCGAUGCUCUAGGUGACGUGUACAUCUGGGGUGAAGUUAUAUGCGACAAUGUAGUCAAGAUCGGGAUUGAUAAGAACGCAAGUUACCUAACCACGAGAACGGACGUCCUUGUCCCGAAGCCGUUAGAGUCAAACAUCGUCUUAGACGUUCAUCAAAUCGCGUGCGGUGUAAGGCACGCUUCGUUUGUGACGAGGCAAGGAGAGGUUUUCACUUGGGGUGAAGAGUCUGGAGGAAGACUAGGUCAUGGUAUUGGCAAAGAUGUGUUUCACCCACGUCUCGUUGAAUCUCUCACAUCUUGUGACUUUGUUGCUUGUGGAGAGUUCCACACUUGUGCUGUUACUCUCUCUGGAGAGCUUUAUACUUGGGGCGACGGCACGCAUAACGUUGGCCUUCUAGGUCACGGCUCUGAUGUAAGCCACUGGAUACCGAAGAGAAUCGCUGGUCCUCUCGAAGGACUCCACGUGGCUUCUGUGACUUGUGGACCUUGGCAUACCGCUUUGGUGACAUCUCACGGGAGGCUUUUCACGUUUGGAGAUGGAACGUUUGGUGUGUUGGGACACGGUGACAAGGAGACGGUUCAGUAUCCGAGAGAAGUUGAGUCUCUAUCAGGCCUUAGAACUAUAGCUGUUUCGUGUGGAGUUUGGCACACUGCUGCUGUUGUUGAGAUCAUUGUCACACAAUCAAACUCAAGCUCUGUGUCGUCUGGGAAGCUUUUCACUUGGGGUGAUGGAGACAAGAACCGUCUCGGACACGGUGAUAAAGACCCUCGUCUUAAACCAACGUGUGUCCCUGCGUUGAUUGAUUACAACUUCCACAAAAUCGCGUGUGGACAUAGUUUGACGGUUGGGUUGACAACCUCUGGACAAGUGUUUACCAUGGGGAGUACAGUCUACGGCCAGCUCGGGAAUGUGCAGACAGACGGGAAGCUACCGUGUUUGGUUGAGGACAAGCUCGCGAGCGAGUUCGUUGAAGAGAUCUCUUGCGGAGCAUAUCACGUUGCAGCCUUAACUUCUCGUAAUGAAGUUUACACAUGGGGUAAAGGAGCUAAUGGGAGACUAGGACACGGUGAUUUAGAGGAUCGGAAAGUACCUACUCUCGUGGAAGCUUUGAGAGACAGACACGUUAAGUACGUUGCUUGCGGAUCAAACUACACUGCAGCUAUAUGUCUGCACAAAUGGGUCUCUGGCGCUGAGCAGUCUCAGUGCUCAUCCUGUAGACUUGCUUUUGGCUUUACGCGGAAACGGCAUAACUGUUACAACUGUGGACUUGUGCAUUGUCAUUCAUGCAGUUCCAAGAAAGCGUUCAGAGCUGCGUUGGCUCCUAGCGCGGGGAGACUGUACCGUGUGUGUGACUCUUGUUAUGUUAAGCUCAGCAAAGUGUCUGAGAUAAGCGAGACGACGAGCAGAAGGAACAGCGUUGUGCCUCGUCUCUCGGGGGAGAAUAAAGAUAGGUUGGAUAAGUCUGAGAUAAGAUUGGCUAAGUUUGGUGCAUCUAAUAUGGAUCUGAUCAAGCAGUUGGAUAGCAAAGCUGCUAAACAAGGGAAGAAGAGUGAUAACUUUGCGCUCGGUCGCAACUCUCAGCUGCCUUCUUUGAUGCAGCUGAAAGAUGCGGUGCAGUCUAAUAUAGGAAGGUCUACUCCAAAGCUAGUUCAGGCUCCUUCAGGUAUUAACUCUCGGUCGGUGUCGCCUUUCUCUAGGAGGUCUAGUCCUCCACGCUCUGCUACUCCUAUGCCUUCAACUUCUGGAAUCUAUUUCCCGGUGGGUGUAGCAGAUAAUAUGAAGAAAACCAAUGAGAUAUUGAAUCAGGAGAUUAUUAAGUUGAGAACACAGGUGGACAGCUUGACACAGAAGUGUGAGCUACAAGAAGUAGAGCUCAAGAACUCGGUUAAGAAGACUCAGGAAGCCUUAGCAUUGGCAGAGGAGGAAUCUGCCAAAUCAAGAGCCGCAAAAGAAGCAAUAAAGUCGCUCAUAGCGCAGCUCAAGGAUGUAGCUGAGAAGUUGCCUCCUGGUGAGAGCAUCAAACUCGGAUUAGACCAGAACGGUUUCCAUUUCCCUGAAGAAAACGGUUUCCACUCCUCAAGAUCAGAGUCAAUGACCUCUUCUAUAUCUUCAGUUGCUCCUUUUGACUUCGCCUUUGCGAAUGCAUCUUGGUCCAAUCUCCAAUCACCGAAGCACACACCUAGAGCCGGCGAAAGAAACAACAACAACAACAACACCGCUUAUCCCUCAGACCCACGGCUUAGCAGCAGCGGGUCAGUUAUCAGUGAGAGACACGAGCCUUUCCAGUUCCAUAACAAUGGUUCUAGCCAAACAGGAGCUGAAAACAAUACUGAUCAGGUAGAAGCAGAGUGGAUAGAACAGUAUGAGCCCGGUGUGUAUAUAACCCUUGUUGCUCUCCAUGAUGGAACUAGAGAUCUUAGAAGAGUCCGGUUCAGCCGAAGAAGAUUUGGAGAACAUCAAGCUGAGACAUGGUGGUCGGAGAAUAGGGAAAAAGUGUAUGAGAAAUAUAAUGUGAGAGUGUCGGAGAAACCAACAGCUUCUCAAACUGAUAGAGAUGAAGAAGAAGACGUUACUCAGUAGUAGUCCUUAAAAUGUUUGUAUUUUUUUUGCCCCUUAAGUUUUAGUUUGUCCGGAAACUCUUCAAUUGUUCAACUUAACUCUUUGUUUUUUUCAUGUCCUUUAAUGUAUGUGGUAUAUAUAAAAGACCUUCUGUUCUCGGA